GUAUUUUUGAGGUAUAAAUAUCACUGGCUAAUCAUGAGCUAUACAAAUCAUCUCUCGAUGGACUACAGGAGGUUGGUGGCCAAGCUAAUGCCAAGUCGGAAGCGUGAGGCAGAAGUGAAAAAGCUCGGUUACAAGGUUCAUGGCCAUCCUUUCUCCACCGCCACAAGGCGUGUUCUAGCUGUCCUCCUUGAGAAAGGGCUCUUAUACGAGCCCAUUACUGUUGAUCUGAAAUCUGGUGAGAACAAAAGGGAAGCUUUCCUCUCUCUCAACCCAUUUGGUCAAGUCCCAGUUUUUGAAGAUGAAAACGUUAAGCUGUUUGAGUCUCGAGCCAUCACACAAUACAUCGCAUAUCUUCAUAGCGCAAGAGGCACACAGCUUCUGAGUUUAGAAAGCGAUGAGACACUGGCAACAUUAACAAUGUGGAUGGAAAUCGAAGCUCACCAGUUCGAUCCAUUUGCAUCAAGACUCACUUCGGAGCAAGUCAUUAAACCUCUCUACGGUCUAGAGACUGACCACACAGUCGUCAAAGAAAACGAGGCUGGUCUAGAGAAGGUUCUAGAUGUCUAUGAAAAACGGCUUGGAGAAUCUAGAUUCUUGGCUUGUAAUACCUUUUCUUUGGUUGAUCUUCACCACUUACCCAAUUUACAGUACCUUUUGGAAACUCCAACGAAAAGAUUGUUGGAAAAUCGACCAAGAGUGCGUAUGUGGGUGGAUGAGAUUACUGGUAGAGAGGCUUGGAAGAUGGCCUGUGAUCAAGAAAAAUCCUGGUUUGGUAAACAAAGGAAAGAUGAUACUACGGGAAAGGCUUUCAAGAUGCCUUGUGAACAAGCAAAGUCCUGGUUUGGUAAGCAAAGGAAAUAAAGGAAAACAAAAGAAAACUUUGUGUGGGAAUGUGUUUGUGUCUUUUGUUUGUAAGCGUGUGCUGUUGCUAAAGUAAGCUUCUGUUGUUUGUUGACUGCUGUGGAAUGCAUCUUAUAAGAUUUGUUUGUGUGCUGGCUUAUGACUAUGUAUGUCUGAUGUAUAUAAAUAAAGGA